GGCACACGCUUGAUAAAACAGUUGAUCUCCGUCUGUUUUGAUAGAUUUUGUGGUAUUUUACGUAGGUUUAAAACAUACAAUUCAUGUAGGUUUACGGUAUUAAUGUUAUAUUCAUACAUGUAGCUCUAAAACGGACAAAAUGUUGAUUUUUUUUUCCCCCCCUGGCGACCGCGGACUUCUUUAGGGGGACCUGUUGAUUCUACGGUGUAGCCCACCGAAGCAGCAAUGGAGGUAUCCGAUGUUGACCGGUGACAGGCACACAUGAACACUCUCAACCAUCUAGUGAAGACCUACAUCCAAGCAAAGAUGGACGCCAUGGAUACACAGCGGGCCUUGGAGGCUGUGGAGAGACUCCAGGCCAAGCUGAAGGACAGAGGAGAGGCUCCUACAGAGGAGAAACUAUCACUACUGAAGACCGUUCUACAGAGCCCUCUGUUCCUUCAGAUACUAACCAUGAAACAGACACAUCUACAGCUGCCAGAGGAGAAGAAGUCAGUACCGAAGUCUGUUUCCCUCAACACGGGUCUCUCCACGGCCAUGUCUCUGGGCCUGAGGACCAUCUCCCAUAGCGACUCCUAUACCUGGGCCCAGAACAACAGCAGCAGCAGUAGUGGAGGUGGUGGAGGAGGAGGAGGAGGAGGUAGCCCCCCUGCUAAACACUCCCUACCUCGGCAGAACUACGGAGGCAGUCUCAGUGCUCUCAACACAAACACAGAAAGCAACGCCGUGACCAAUAAGAUACAGUGUAUGACUCAGUUAUGUACGCCUCCACGAAUCUCCAGGACCUUAUCGAUGGGAAGAAACCUGUCGUAUAUCGCCAACGAGAAGCGUCACAUAGAGUUGAUAGAGCUGGAGAACGAUGGGAAGGGGCUGGGCUUCGGCAUUGUAGGGGGUCGAUCCUCUGGAGUCCUGGUCAAAACCAUCCUACCAAGUGGCCCUGCUGGACUGGACAAGCGUCUGCGCAGCGGGGACCACAUCCUGCGUAUCGGGGACACAGACCUGGCAGGCAUGGGCAACGAGGAAGUGGCUCACGUUCUCCGCAACGCAGGGUCAAGGGUCAAACUGCUCAUUGCUAGGGACGUCGCGGUCUCCACUGGAACCAACGACCUCUCCCUCUCCUCGCCCCCACUCCCUCUCCUCGCCCAGCAACAACAGAGGGUGGCCAGGAUGGGCAAACAGCUGUGUGAUGUGGAGGAGGACUCUGAGUACAGUGUCCAGUUCAGUAAGAACAACAUGGGCCUGGGAUUCACUGUCACCAGCUCCAUAGGGGAGCAGAACUCUGGGGUGCAGGUGAAGAGCAUCGUGAAGGGCAGCGCUGUGGACCAAGCCAGUCAGAUAUACAUCGGAGACAAGAUCUUAGCUGUGGAUGGUGUAAGCCUACAGGGCUGCAGUGAGCAGAGAGCCCUGGAGGUCCUCAGGAAGACAGGCCAGAUAGUCAGACUGAGGCUGAUGAGGAGGGCCUCUAGGAUGGGUAAAACCACGAAGUAUCCCCCUCCUCCCCUGGAGCCCUACGUUGUCACCCGUACAGAGACAGGGAAACAUGACAAGACAGACCAGACUGGUGUCAUCAACAGAGGAAAACAAAUGUCUCUGCGUGAGAUGUCCAGAAGAGCCAGUAUGAUGUACUCUGAACAACGACUAGACGCCAGAACCGGAGGGAAGCUGACUGCAGCAGAGGAAGAGGAGUUGAAGAGCAGGUGGCAGGCUGCUCUGGGACCCAGAUAUCAAGUGGUUGUGUGUCAGCUAGAGAGGUUCAGUGAGACCAGUGGUCUAGGCAUCAGCAUGGAGGCCAGGGCAGGACACCACUACCUGUGCUCCGUCUUACCUGAGGGGCCCGUCGGACAGAGCAGGAAGAUACACCCUGGAGACCAGAUACUGGAGGCGAAUGGUAUCCCUCUGAUAGGAGAGACUCACAGAGAGGUGAUCAGCGUUCUGAGAGAGCUGCCUCUGUGUGUCUGUAUGGUGUGCUGCCGCGUCGUGCACCCACAGCUACGGGACAGUGACCACGAUGAUGAUGAUGAUGAAGAUGUACAGCUCCCCCUCAAAGAGCUACUGGCUGAGUUCAAUGGCAAGUCCCAGUAUGACCAGCCCUGCUGUCUACUUCCUGGUUGUAACAACAGGGAUUGUGGGAGUCGUGGUUUUAAUAAGCCUGUGUCUCCUCCUCUGGCCAUGUGGGAGAGAGACAGUCAGGUGAUAGAGCUGGUGAAGGGAGAGGAAGGCCUGGGAUUCAGCAUCCUAGACUACCAGGACCCAGAGGACGACUCUAAGACUGUUCUGGUGAUCCGCUCCCUGGUCCCCGGUGGCGUGGCCGACUCAGACGGACGCCUGCUGCCCGGUGACCGGCUCAUGUCCGUCAACGACGUGGACCUGGUCCGGUCGACGCUGGAGCGAGCCGUGCACGUCCUCAAAACCACCGGCUACGGGGUCGUGCGCAUCGGCGUCGCCAAGCCGCUGCCGAUCGAGUGUUGUGUCCUGGAGUCCAUCCCAGAGUCGUCGAGGUCGUCGAGAGACGAGACCCAGUCGUUAUCGAGAGAUGAGAAGGAUACUCUCCACUCAGCUGGGAUGCUAGCCUCCUCCACACAGCAGGCGCAUGCUAACAGCUACGGCUCACACCAGAGGAACAGCCAACCGUGCUCCACACUGAAGGACGAGAAAUCUCCACGUCAUUGUUCCAGCGGCAACAUGGAGGACGGCGAUAAGCUCCUGGCCCCGCCCCCUUCUUCUUUCGGCAGCCAUUUUGAGAGGACAAUCACUGUUGUCAGGGGCAACCGUAGCCUUGGCCUGACAGUGAGUGCUAUGAAGGAUGGCUCAGGGAUGUUGAUCCGGUCAGUGGUCCGUGGAGGGUCUGUCUGUCAGGACGGGAGGCUGGGCGUCGGGGACACUAUCCUGGCUGUUAACGGAGAACCCACCACCAACCUGACCAACGCUAUGUGCAGAGCCAUGCUGCGGAGACACUCUGUUAUAGGUUCAGAUAUGAGUGUGACAUUCAUCCCUUCGUUUCUGGUAGAGGAGCACCGUGCCUCUAUGGCCCAGCAGCCUCUGUCAUCCAUCAUGGUGGACGGCCCCUCACCCUGCCCCCUGACACCCUCCCCUACCCCUGCUGGAGGUCCGACCCCUUCCCCUACCCCUCCUGGAGGUCUGACCCCUUCCCCUACCCCUCCUGGAGGUCUGACCCCUUCCCCUACCCCUCCUGGAGGUCUGACCCCUUCCCCUACCCCUCCUGGAGGUCUGACCCCUUCCCCUACUCCCCCUGGAGGUCUAACCCCUUCCCCUACCCCUCCUGGAGCCCCAGAUACAGCCUCAACAGUCCCAACUCCAGGUCCAGCUACAGCCCCAAGGCCUCAAGGCCCUUCUCUACCCAGACCUGUAGUAUCAGCUACAAGUACAGCUCCAGCCUCAACGCCAACCAAAGGCCCACCCAGACCCCCACCCCCAGACAAGAGCUCUAGCCUCAACCCUUACCCCAGCUCUAGCGUCAACCCCGGCCUCGGUCUCUCAGCCACAGCUCCAAUCCAAAGCCUAAUCCCUAAACCCCCACCCUCACCCGUACCACUGAACGAGAGGAGAGGUGUGGAUGGAGUGAGAGAGGAGGAGAAGAAAGUGGAGAGGAAGCGAGAGGAGGAGGAGGAGGAGGUGAGAGAGGAAGAAGAGAGAGAGGACGAGAUGUUGGUUUAUCCUACUAACCUCAGUUGGGCUCAACCUAGAAGGGUCAAGUUGAUGCGUUCUUCAGGCCAGUCUCUGGGCAUCAGUAUCAUGGGAGGGAGAGGGAUGGGCAGCAGGCUGAGCAGUGGAGAGGUGAUGAGAGGAGUGUUCAUUAAACAUAUCACACCAGACAGCCCUGCUGGACACAACGGCACCCUGAAGACUGGAGACAGGAUACUGGAGGUAGGAGGCGUGGAUCUGAGAGAUGCCAGCCAUGAGCAGGCAGUGGAGGCCAUCCGUAGUGCUGGAGACCCUGUUGUCUUCCUGGUACAGACUGGACAACACAAAUCACAGUCCUCUCCUGUGCUCUCCAACCAUGAGAGACAAGCCUCAGCAUCACACAGGGACUCACCGAACAACAGGAUGCCAGAGAGUCACAGUGGUCUGUUCCUUAGUCUCUCCCCCGCCAACCCCUUCACCCCUACUCCCUUUAAGCCGACAGCCAAUAGGACGGUCAGGAGAAGCCCCACAACUGUCUCUGCACCAAUCACACGGAGAGACACAGAAGACGACGGCUGGAAGAAGAUGAUGUCCAGGUAUGGAGGUCUGCCAGGUGAGCUCCAUAUGAUAGAACUGGAGAAGAGUCCCCGUGGAGUCACUAGCACCGAGGCCCCGGGACAGGGUCUGGUUCCUGGUCUGGGUCUCAGCCUGACGGAGGACAGGGAAGGUUCCAGAGCCCACCUCGGCGUCUACGUGGCCGGGGUCGACCCCCAGGGGGCGGCGGGGCGAGACGGUCGGAUACGGGUGGGAGAUGAGCUACUGGAGAUCAACGGUCAGAUCCUGUAUGGUCGUAGUCACCAGAACGCUACAGCCAUCCUCAACGGUGCUCCUUCUAAAGUCCAGAUUCUCCUCAGCAGGAAUAAAGCCGCUCUGGCGCAGAUGACUCAAGGACCCAUGGCUGGGGACUCCUCCUCUUCCUCCCUCCAUCCCUCCAUCUCUCUCUCCUCUUUUCUCCACCCCUCCAUCCACGUCUCUACCUCCCAUCCCCCCAUUCCUCCCCACUCCUCUGUCGGCACUGCCAGGAACGCCUCCUCCUCCUCCAGCGGGCGAUCUGAUUGGCCAACGGGCUCCGCUCUGACCCCUGACCUCCUGUGCUGUCCCAUAAUACCCGGCGUUGACAGCACCAUAGAGAUCUGUAAAGGACACUUGGGCCUGGGACUCAGCAUCGUGGGGGGGUGUGACACGCUACUGGGGGCGAUAAUAAUCCACGAGGUUAAUGAUGGAGGAGCAGCUCAGAGAGACGGGAGGCUGUGGGCUGGAGACCAGCUACUAGAGGUGAAUGGUAUAGACCUGGGCCAGGCCACCCAUGAGGAAGCUAUAGGGGUGUUGAGGCUGACCCCUCAGCGGGUGCGUCUCACGGUGUUCAGACAACAGCAGGAGUACGGGGAGGAUGACCUGUGGGAUGUCUUCCAGCUGGAGCUCAGACUACAACCUGGACAGACCCUGGGGCUCAGCAUUGUAGGGAAGAGCAACGACACCGGUGUGUUUGUGUCUGAGAUCAUUGGAGGGGGUGUGGCUGAUGGAGACGGACGGCUGUUUCUAGGAGACCAGAUCCUGUCAGUCAACAGAGAGGAUGUCAGAACAGCUACACAGGAACACGUUACCUCACUGUUACAGAGCUGCAGUAGUGGAACAGUGAUCCUAGAGAUCGCUCGCUUCAAAGCCGCCUGCGUUCACUACUCCUGUGGAAGUCAGAGUGGUGACUCCGUAGGUAGUGACAGCUCCACCCUGACCCCGUCCACUGUGUAUGAGGUCCAGAGCCACCACCAGGGGGAGACAGAGAGACGCCAGAGAGGACAGGACCACUCAGUUGAAGACCACCAUGAGAUAAGGACAGUGGUCAUGCAUAAGGGUCCGUGUGACUCUCUGGGUCUGAGUGUAGCUGGUGGGGUUGGUUCUCCUCAUGGAGACGUACCUCUCUUCAUCUCUACUAUGGACCCUGCUGGACUGGCUGCCAGGUCACACCACAUCUAUGUAGGAGACUUCAUGGUGAGUAUUAAUGAUGUCUCCACUGAGGGGAUGAGCCACGUCCAAGCUGGAGAUUUGCUGAAGUCCAUCAGUGGGACCAUCACCCUACAGGUGCUGACUACAGGGUCGGUGGAUGAGGACUGUGGAGGAGGACAGGGUCAGAGGGAUGUAGGACUCCCCUCCACAGGAUCCCUACACAACAACAUGAGUCCCCCGUUUUAUAGAACCAUCAGUCUGGACAGAGGAGCUCUGGGUCUAGGCUUCAGUAUAGUAGGAGGGUUCAGCAGUCCCCACGGAGACCUGCCCAUCUACGUCAAAACUGUCUUCGGAAAGGGAGCAGCGAUUGAGGACGGCCGGCUGCAGCGCGGGGAUCAGAUCAUCGCUGUGAACGGUCACAGUCUGGAGGGGGUCACCCACGCCGGCGCCGUCGCCAUACUGAAGAGGACCAAGGGAACUGUAGUCCUCACCGUACUCUCCUGAGUGUCAGUCCUCACACAACCAACCGUCUGUCGCCCUUUGAUGAUGUCAUCAGCAGACUACAUCAGGGUUGUGUUCAUCAGGAAACAGACAAAACAGGGAGGGACUGUCUGAACUUUUUUUUUCAAUAAGGAACAUUCAUUUAUGUGUUCUGUUGCAAAACGUUUUGCUACGGUGUGUGUGCGCGUGUAAUGAACACGACCCUGUUUAUCUCUAGAAGGAGGUGAAGAUUCUCACAGAAGAAUGUCUUCUAUAUGUCCUCCUAGAUGUAACUGGUUCUCAUUGUAACAAAACUAUGAACCCUGUAAUGCAUGUCUAUGUGUCUGUGUACAUCAAUAUGGACCUCAUCAUACCAGACUACUGACUACUCACAUCACUGUCUCCUUCUAAAUGCACCUCAUCAUACCAGACUACUGACUACUCACAUCACUGUGUCUCCUUCUAAAUGCACCUCAUCAUACCAUACUACUGACUACUCACAUCACUGUCUCCUUCUAAAUGCACCUCAUCAUACCAUACUACUGACUACUCACAUCACUGUGUCUCCUUCUAAAUGCACCUCAUCAUACCAGACUACUGACUACUCACAUCACUGUCUCCUUCUAAAUGCACCUCAUCAUACCAGACUACUGACUACUCACAUCACUGUCUCUUUCUAAAUGCACCUCAUCAUACCAGACUACUGACUACUCACAUCACUGUCUCCUUCAAUAUGGAACUCGUCAUACCAGACUACUGACUACUCACAUCACUGUGUCUCCUUCUAAAUGCACCUCAUCAUACCAGACUACUGACUACUCACAUCACUGUCUCUUUCUAAAUGCACCUCAUCAUACCAGACUACUGACUACUCACAUCACUGUCUCCUUCAAUAUGGAACUCGUCAUACCAGACUACUGACUACUCACAUCACUGUGUCUCUUUCUAAAUGCACCUCAUCAUACCAGACUACUGACUACUCACAUCACUGUGUCUCCUUCUAAAUGCACCUCAUCAUACCAGACCACUGACGACUCACAUCACUAACUAACACACUCUAAUGACGCAAGAACAAAUGUGGCAAUAGAUGCCAAGACUCUUCGCCAAUCUUUCAUAUUGGCGUUUAGGUGUAGAAUUUACAUUCUAAUUAAGAAUUCAAAAUGGGAGCCUUUCUCUCUCUCUGUCUCUCUGUCCCUCUGUCUCUCUCUCUC